AAAAAAGCAACGGUUAGUGACCCAAAAUAACGAGAAAAAAAAAAAUACUGAAAAGGAAAAGAAAGGGAAAAAAACCCUGUCAAUCAUCCUCCAAUUCUCACUUCCAAAUCCUCAAAUUCGUAAAGCAUUGAUUCGUAAAUUCUCAGCUAGAAAUGGUAUCCUAGUCUCUCUCACACACUCACACACUCAAACCGCAUUUGCAUGGCCAGUCUUGCGCUACUGUCCCCUUAUUGCUGCUGUGCGCACGCGACGAGCAAGGCUGUAAACAAUUAUCAUAAUGGCGUUAAGAAGGAGUUGCGAUUUUGUUACUUCGAUUCGAGUUGCUCGGACGGCAAUGCGUCGAAUUUGUGUUUGGGAGCUAGGGUUUUAAGUUCUGCGCUUGAGCAGUCCAAUCGGUUUUCGAGUCCGGCGAGAGGUUGGGGCGUUGCUCGUCGGCGCUGGAGAUUAUGCGCCAAUGCGGAGGCCCGGGUUGCCGUCGACGGUAAUGUUAGCAGUAGUAGAAGUUACAACGUUGUGCGUUCUCAGCCUCCGAUUACUCCUUCAGUUGAAAUUCCUGUCACUUGUUACCAGAUUCUUGGUGUUUCUGAUCAAGCAGAGAAAGACGAAAUAGUGAAGUCGGCAAUGCAACUUAAAAAUGCUCACAUUGAAGACGGGUAUACUUCAGAUGUUAUGGUUAAUCGUCAGAAUCUCUUGAUGGAUGCACGGGAUAAGCUGCUUUUUGAACCUGAAUAUUCCGGGGAUAUAAAAGAAAAGAUCCAACCUAAAUCUUCUCUCCGAAUCCCAUGGACUUGGUUUCCUGCUGCUCUUUGCCUUCUGCAAGAGGCCGGAGAAGAUAAGGUUGUCCUGGAUAUUGGACGAAAAGCACUGCAGCAUCCUGAUGCUAAGGCUUAUAUUCACGAUGUUCUAUUGUCCAUGGCCCUAGCAGAGUGUGCUAUUGCGAAAGCUGGUUUUGAGAAGAACAACAUUUCGAAAGGAUUUGAAGCUCUUGCUCGUGCUCAAUGUCUUCUGAGAAGUAAAACUUCACUUGGAAAGACUACUUUAUUAUCUCAGAUAGAAGAAUCCUUGGAAGAAAUUGCACCUGCUUGCACGUUGGAGUUACUAGGCUUGCCUAAUACUCCUGAAAAUGCUGAGAGGAGAAUAGGAGCUAUUUCUGCAUUGUGUGAACUGCUCAGGCAGGGACUUGAUGUAGAAAGUUCUUGCCGGGUUCAAGAAUGGCCAUGUUUCUUAAAUCAAGCCCUCAGUAAGCUCAUGGCUAGAGAGAUAGUGGAACUCCUUUCCUGGGAUGAUUUGGCUCUUACAAGAAAAAAUAAGAAAUCGCUUGAAUCACAUAAUCAACGAGGGGUUAUUGAUUUUAAUUGUUUCUACAUGGUUUUAAUAGCUCAUGUUGCCCAUGGAUUUGCAACAACCCAAAAAGAUGUGAUACUCAAAGCCCAGAAGAUAUGUGAUUGCUUAAUAUCAUCCGAAGGCAUUGACUUGAAAUUUGAGGAAGCCUUCUGCCUGUUUCUUCUUGGCCAGGGUGAUGAGGCAACUGCUUCUGAAAAGCUUAGGCAGCUUGAGAAAAAUUCAAAGCCAGCUGCUCCUCGGAGUUCAACUUUGGAGAAAGAAGUUAAUCAUACUUCCAGUGCAAGAAAAUCACUGGAGUUAUGGCUCAAGGAUUCUGUGCUCGGUGUUUUCCCAGACACACGAGAUUGUUCACCCUCUUUGGCGAAUUUCUUUGCUGGUGAAAAGCGAAUUUCAGGGAAUAGGCAAGCUAAGAGACCUCCUCAGGCUAUAUCCCUUAUUAGCCAUAAACCAGUGUCACCUCCCCUAGCGUUGGAUCGGAAGUCAUUCGAAGACAAAAUAUGCAUAGACUCUACUAGACAUCUGGGAUCAGCUGUGAAGCAGUUAACUCCACCCAAUUUGCAAUUUCCUUUGGCCGAAGGCAAGGUUGAUGGUGAUGGAAAUGCUAACAGUCCUAUCAGGUUAAAAGGGAACUUGGGUUCACGCCAAAAUAAAGUCUGGGAGAUCUGGUUUGGCACAAACAUUAUUGGGAAGAUGACAUUUGUCACAGCUUUUGGCUUUGUUGUGUAUGCCUGCUUUAGGCUUAUCAACAUGCAGUUCUACAAGAUGGGAAAUGCUCCUAGAUGGAGGUUAAAAAAUCCUACAGCAUCAAGCUCCAUUUCCGGGUCGAAUAAUUCUUCUCGUUAUCAGGAUGUGAGUCCUGCUAGCAUAAGUGAUGGAAUGGUUGCUGAAAAAUUGAAAAAGUUGCUUUCAAUGCUUAAGAUUCAGAGAAGACAACAGACAAAAAGGAACGUUUCCGAAGAUGCUUUGCUUGGUGCUAGUUCUUUCGUGGCUGGAGUAUGCAAGCAACCAAUGCCUGAAGAAGAAGCCGAGACACUUGUUAAGAAAUGGCAAGAUAUCAAAGCAGAAGCCCUAGGACCUCAUCAUCAUGUGCACAGACUCUUUGACAUCCUGGAUGAGUCAAUGCUGGAUCAGUGGCAAGAUCUGGCAGAUGCUGCAAAAGCCAAUUCAUGUUUCUGGAAGUUUGUUUUGUUGCAACUUUCCAUUCUAAGGGCUGAUAUCUUUACGGAUGAGAGUGGUGAAGUAGUUGCAGAAAUAGAGGCAAUCUUAGAGGAAGCUGCUGAACUUGUGGAUAAUUCUCAGCCAAAGAAUCCUAACUAUUACAGCACGUACGAGAUAAAUUAUCACCUGAAGAGACGAGAUGAUGGUUCUUGGAGGUUCUGUAAAUGUGAUAUUCGAGCUCCAUCGUGAUUAUCUAAUUUCUGAUCUCUGCACAAAGUUAACCAUGGAUUGUGUUUUCUUCGUAAAGCUAGACUGGCUAAUUUAUGGCAUUUGUACGAAGUUAAUCGUGCGAUGCUUUCUUUGUAAAUGUUAGAGGCGUGAACUGUAGGUGGUAUCUCAAUUGGAGGAACUUUGCCUUGAAUCAGGCUGAUUAGUUGUUGGCUUGUUGCUUGAAUCAGGCUGAUUUAGCUGAUAUUGAAACUAUCUUUUCUGAGUUACUUGGAAGAUGAAAAAGGGCAAAAAAAGAUAAGAUUAUUUUUUUGUUAUUUUCUCCAACGUGUGUCUUGUUAAUGGUGGUAGUUUUCUUUUUUUCUUUUUUUUUUGAAAAGGGUUAAUGGUGG